AUGCCACCCAAAAGCCGUGUCACUAAGUCUACUUCACAGCCAAAGACAUUAAAGGUGAAAUUGUCGCAAGAUACUGCUCGAACAGGUAGUCAAGGCCGGCAAAGCAUUUUCAAAAGCGAGAGGAUGCUAAAGAGAAGCGGAAGCUACACCAGAGUGGGCUUAGAUAGUGAGCAUAAUCCCAUUGAGAUGACCGCUCCGCAGUUUGUCUUCGAGAUUGAAGCAGACGACGAGGUCAAGAUCAAGACUGACCUGGAGAGGCCAGCCAUGUCCCAAUUAAGAUCGAGGUGGCGCUCCCUCAAACAUAGGAGCACUCAGAAAUCCUGGCAAAGAGACGGGGUUAUGUGA